GGUGUGGGGCCUGGGAUUGGGGCUGGAGCUCAAGUUAUUAAAGCAUGGCUGAUAAAGCAAGAGAUGGAGACACGGAAGAUUCAUCGAAGAAAAGUGAAGAUGGGGAGUCAGGAGGUCGGGAAUCCACUGAUGGGACAGAGAGGACCCUGUCCCCGCCGGGGUCUGACUUCCUGAAGGCAAAUCUGUCCGACAGCGACCGGCGCUCGAGCGAAGACAACAGAGACGAAACCAUCGACAUAGGCAGAGGGAGAAGCAGGGAAACGAAAAAGAAGCGAGUCAAGGUGCAGUUCAAUACCGAGGAUGAGGUGCAGCACUUUGAAGUUCAGGGAAAGCCGAAGGUCCGUCUGGAAAUUUACUCUGAUUCCAAAGAGGCCAGGAGCCAAGAUGACAAGAGUUACAGGAGCCAGGAUGAGUCCUUAUCUGGGGAGUCUGAGGGGACGGUAUCCCCGACUUCCUCAAACAAGGGACGGGAGCAGAAGUCGCCGAAGAAAGAGAAGAAAAAGAAACAGUACACUAAGGUGCAAUUCAAUCAGGACAAGCAAAGUAGAGACAAGAUGCAUUCCAAUGAGGGCAAAAGUGUGGAGGCCAGACUGGUCAUCACGCCAUGCCCUCUGGAACUGGCUGUGGUCAUCGUUAGAGAGCUGCCGGUGCCCGGCUCCAUGGAGUACGUCAACGUGGUGGACACCAGCGCGGAGGCUGUCCAGGUACCUGAAACCCUCUUCUUGGGAAGCUUCCCCACCCCCCAGAUCUCUGAGAAGGAGUUUUCCAUCACGAGCCAAGAGCUGGCGGUGGCUGGGGACGCCCAGGUCACUGCUCGCAGCGAGAGCGAGGAGGAGGAGGAGGUGGUCAAGGAAGCGAUAGAGGGCAAGAGAGAGGAGCCGGCCAGUGUGGUGGAACAGCCUCCGGAAGAGCAUACCUCCAAGGUGUCCACUGCUAUCUGUGACACCAUAUUUGAGGAUAAAUACAAGAACUACAUGAAACCAAACUCUUUGAAUUUAGCCUGGGCGUUUGGGAUAAACCGAGACAUCCCGGUGUAUGCUCUGCAUCUCGACGUACGCAGAGUCAUUCUCUACGUCUCGUCACACACCGCGGUGCUGGCUAACUUUUUCCUUGGUCGCCAGUAUCUCUUGCAGGGUCACUGCAGUCCCAUAUCAUGUAUUGCUUUGAGUGGGAAUAAGAGAUGGUUGGCAACAGCAGACAUGGGCCCAGAGAGCUUGGUGAUAGUCUGGGACAUUUUCUCAGGAAUACCCGUACAGACACUCUUUAACUGUCACCCGAAGGAUGGGGUUGGAGCCAUGGCUAUCAGCCACAACGCUAAAUACCUGGGAACGAUCAGCGCAGGAAAAAAUCAGCGAGUCUGUAUCUGGGAUUGGACCUCAGAAACCAAAGGACCACUGUGUUGUGUGGACCUCAGCCCCGCUUUCUCUCCUCAGCAUUUUUUCCUGUUCAAUCCCAAAGAUGAGACUGAGUUGUUGAGCAACAGUAAGCAUGAGAUCGUGUUCUACACCUGGAAAGGGAACCAGUUGGAUUUUUCUGCCCCAGUUCUCACAGACCAAACAUUUAACAAGACAGUGGGACUCUUCAGUCAAUCGGUUUUCCAUCAUAAUCCUUCACAAGCACUGACUGCCACAUCCGCAGGCAACCUGGUGAUCUGGGACACAAAGAGCCCGCCCGAAAUCUCACUCAACGCUGAGAUUAAAUCGUACAAGAAGAAAGCUCUCAAACUAGUGCACCUGCAAAAUGAUGGUAUCACAGUGGUCACUUUUUCGGAUAGGUAUGUCGUGACCGGCGAUGUUAAAGGUGUCAUUAAGUUUUACAGUGAGGACCUUAACAUAAUGAAUUGGUACAGUAACUUCAACCUGGGACCCAUCAAUUCCAUUUCCUUCUCUAAGAGGCCAGCAGCUCCAGCCAGUGAGAAGACUUCUUAUCCAUCGGAAUCCACCAUCAAAGCUCAGCAGUUUGUGGUCAGAAACUUUAUUGUGGCCACCACUGAUGCUACGGUAGUCCAUGUGACUGGAGAUGGCUGCAAGCUUGAAAUAUUACUGCAGGAGCAUAAUUUCCCCCUGCAUGCCAUCUGCUGUCACCCCACGUACCCCAUCCUCUGUAUGGGGAGCUACAGCGGCCUCCUCAAGCUCUGGAACUACGAAGAGAAGAAAUACAUCUCCAGCAGGAUCUUUGGAAUGGGGAACUACAUCAACUGUGUGGCCUUUGACAACACAGGUACGCUGCUGGGUAUUGGUGUGACUGACGGAAGCGUUCACAUCCUAAACGCCUUCUCUUUGACUGAUGAGUGCAAAGAGCCUUUCCAAUAUGCCAAAGAUGCCAUCACGCAGAUCACCUUCUCUCAUGAUUCUCAGUAUCUGGCAACUGUGGAUAGUAAAACCACCGUGACUGUGUUUGUCCUACGCCGAACCUCGGCUGAUAAAGUCUGGAAGUAUUUGGGCAAGCACACUUCACACUUCAAACCCAUCCAAACCCUCACGUUUGGGAUUCACCUGGACACCAAAGAACCCAGGCUGUUGUCUCUUGGGGAAGACCGGGUUCUGGUAGAGUAUGACCUGGCCAAUAGCACCAAGUAUGACCUACGGAUAUUGAACAGUGAAAGGAUUGAGCAGAGUGCGGUACCAAUGUGCAUGGCUUGGUAUCCGCCCAUCACUACAGAAAGCUUCAUCGUAGUGGCCAAUGACCAGUAUAAACUGAAGCUUUACAACGCCACCACAAAGAUGUGCAGGAAAACUGUGUUGGGCCCAAAUUUUGGGUCUCCUAUUAAGAAGAUGGUGAUUUUGCCAAACUCAGACAUUGAACCUACAGUUGGUUAUUUAGCAUACAUCAUAGAUGACAAGGUGGGUCUGCAAACUCUGCCGCUGGACGGAAACCCCCACAAGUCCUGCGCGGUUAUCUGCCACGGCAAAAACGUCUCCAACAUUGCCUGCUCCUACGACGGACACUACGUUUUCACCGCUGGAGGAGAUGAUUGCACCGUUCACAUGUGGGAAAUCAACCUGCAGGCCCACGAAGCACUCACUGCCCUGGGAGGCGAGGCGUUGAUCCCGUUCUAUGGUUUGCUGAGAGGGGGAAGAGAAGGACCACUUUUCAAGGAAUUGGAAGAUUAUUUUUACUAUUCCCAGCUGCGUCACCAGAGUAUCAACACAAUUGAGACCAGACAGGUGUCUACUCAUAUAGCACUGGAGGAAAUUCCCUUUGUAAUGAAUGCAGUUGGCUUCUACCCUACGCAGAAGGAGAUUGAAGAUAUGCUAAAUGAAAUGAAAUUCAGUAAAUAUGUGGAAACUGGCCAGUUUGUCACCCAAAUUGACAUCGGUGAAUUUGUUAAACUCCUGGUUAAUCACCGGCCAAUAUUUGGCUACUCCGUCGCUGAACUCCAGAAAUGCUUCGACAUUCUCGGGUAUAAAAACGAAAAUGGAGAGAGUGCAAUUGAACAGGGUCACUUACUGCAGCUAUUGCAAACAAGAGGUGAAUGUAUGACGGAGGAAGAGGUGAACGAGUAUCUCGCCACACUCCUGGGCUUGAAUUCAGAGGGAGGAACAUCUGAACUGAUCACCUUUAUUCCCACAGAUACAGUAACAAUGUUGGAAGAGCAACUUCCAGGUGAGAUUACGACUGAAUUAUUUAUGCAGGGAAUCCUGGAUUUCCCCCUCCUUCUAACUGAAGAAAAAUGCAUUCCACAGACGCCACCUGAGCCAGAACUGGAAUCAACAACAUCACCGUCACCAUAACCACUGUAAAGGAUAAAUGGUCCCAUGCAGCUUCUGUUUGUAUUUAUUAAAAUAAAGACCAUUCUAAACAGUUACUGUCAGCCCAAGUGACUUUCAGUCUAAUCAUCAAAAUACAUUUUCUUUACACAUAAG